AUGAGUUCCGUAAAGUCAGAGGUUGUUGUUUCGGCGGCACGUUGUCUCCAGAGUGUCCUGGCUUUAGCUCAGAACGAGCCUUCCCUUGACCAACCAUCCAUCACGGCCAAUUGCACUACAACUUGCGAGCAGUUGGGCAUUGGGCUUCCAACCGCCUUUCACCCGGGAACCAAUGACCCAGACUUUGCCGUAUGGGACGCCAAGGCACAGGAAGUCCAGCCCGCCUGUCGCGUGGAGCCAAGUGACGCGGCCGAGGUAGCAAGAGUUCUCGAGAUCGCAGUUGAAAACCAGUGCCAGGUUGCCAUCAAAAGCGGUGGUCACUCCACCAACCGCGAUGCGCCCAAUUCGGUUGGUGGAGUCACCAUCGACCUCGUGAGGAUAAAUCACGUCAGGUUGUUAGACGACCACAUUCAGGCCGACUUUGGCCCAGGACUGAUCCUCAGAGAUGCGUACGCUGCCCUGGAGCCAUUCAACUUGACCAACUUCGGCGGCAGGACGGCUGACGUCGGACUGGCCGGCUACACAAUCGGGGGUGGACUGACGGCUCUUGGUCCCAAAUUCGGAUUGGCUCUGGACAAUGUGUUCGAGUACGAGCUCGUGCUGCCCAACUCGACUAUCGUCAACGAAUAUCGGCUCACGACGGCGCUGUCCGAUGAUUUGGAUACGGCUUUCCACAACCGCUACUUCUAUACUCAAUCACAAGACUCUUUUAGCUGGAAUUUCUUUCAGGAAUACAACCAGCCGGUCCUCAAUCCAACCGUUUUUGACAGUCUCAAUCGGAUGCCUCCCCUCUCGGACCAGGUUCGAGUUGACUACGCAAGUGUUCUGUCACUCGACGAGGUGUCACCACAUGGACUGCGACGUUUCUAUGCCACGGUGACGUUUCACCCAUCUCGGGAGCUUCACAGAAAGAUCAUCGAUCUUUUCACCGAGGAAGUACAGGGCAUCAAGUCGACGGCGAAUCUCACAGCAUCCGUUGUCGUGCAACCCCUUCACGUCAACUCAAUCAAAACCAUGAAGGAACGCGGGGGAAACGCUUUGGGUAUCGAGUCUGACGGGCCGUUGCUAAGUGAGUCCUUGAUGUCCACAAUCCGCGACGAUUAUGGUUCACACGCUAAUCAGCCUACACACCAACUGUUGGUAGGUCUCUUGUACGUAUGA